AAACCUUCUUUUGGAGCUGUAAGUGGAUUGCUCGAAAUGAGAGAUUAAGUGUUGGGAGAAGAGGAAGCGCCCUGUGUUGUGUCUCCUCUGGCUGCUGACAUGAAGUGCUUUUUCCCAGUGCUGGGCUGUCUGGCGGUGCUGGGUGUGGUGUCAGCACAGCGGCAGGUCACCGUCCAGGAAGGACCCUUGUACCGCACGGAGGGCUCCCACAUCACCAUCUGGUGCAACGUGAGCGGCUUCCAGGGACCUUCGGAGCAGAAUUUCCAGUGGUCCAUUUACCUGCCCUCUGCCCCCGAGCGUGAGGUGCAGAUCAUCAGCACCAUGGACUCGUCCUUCCCUUAUGCCAUCUACACCCAGCGGGUCCGCAGUGGGAAGAUCUAUGUGGAGAGAGUGCAGGGAAACUCGGCUUUACUGCACAUCACCGACCUGCAGGCCCGGGAUGUGGGAGAGUACGAAUGCCACACGCCCAACACGGAUGAGCGAUACUUCGGGAGUUACAGCGCCAAGAUGGAUCUAGUGGUGAUCCCUGACACUCUGCAAACCACCGCCAUUCCCCAGACUUUGCACAGAGUGGAGCAGGACCCUCUGGAGCUGAGCUGUGAGGUGGCCACCGAGACAUUCCAGCACAGCCACCUGUCUGUGGCCUGGCUCCGACAGAGAGGCAGCGAGAGGCCCGUGGAGGUCAUUUCCCUGAGCCGAGACUUUGUGCUCCACUCCAGCAGCGAGUACGCCCAGAGACAGAGUCUCGGGGAGGUGCGACUGGACAAGCUGGGGAGGACCACGUUCCGCCUCACCAUCUUUCACCUGCAGCCCUCCGACCAGGGCGAGUUCUACUGUGAGGCUGCCGAGUGGAUCCAGGAUCCGGAUGGGUCAUGGUACGCCAUGACGCGGAAGCGUUCCGAAGGCACUAUAGUCAACGUCCAGCCCACUGACAAGGAGUUCACCGUUCGGCUGGAGACGGAUAAGCGCCUGUACACAGUGGGGGAGCCCGUGGAGUUCAGGUGCAUCCUGGAGGCGCAGAGCAUUCCCGACCGCUACUUUGCUGUCUCCUGGGCCUUCAACAGCUCGCUCAUUGCCAGUGUGGGGCCCAACGCUGUGCCAGUCCUCAACAGUGAAUUUGCCCACCGAGAAGCCAAGGGGCAGCUUAAAGUGGCCAAAGAGAGCGACAGCGUCUUUGUGCUGAAGAUCUACCACCUCCGCCAGGAAGACAGUGGGAAAUACAACUGCCGAGUAACAGAAAGGGAGAAAACAGUCACUGGGGAGUUCAUCGACAAGGAGAGCAAGCGCCCCAAGAACAUCCCUAUCAUAGUCCUCCCGCUCAAGAGCAGCAUCUCCGUGGAGGUGGCCAGCAACUCCAGCGUCAUCCUGGAAGGGGAGAACCUGCACUUCUCUUGCAGCAUCCGCACGGCAGGCAAGCAGCAGGGCCGUUUCUCUGUCAUCUGGCAGCUCGUGGACCGGCAGAACCGCCGCAGCAACAUCAUGUGGCUGGACCGAGAUGGCACCGUGCAGCCAGGAGCGUCCUAUUGGGAGCGAAGCAGCUUUGGGGGUGUCCAGAUGGAGCAAGUGCAGCCCAACUCGUUCAGCUUGGGUAUCUUCAACAGCAGGAAAGAGGACGAGGGCCAGUAUGAGUGCCACGUGACCGAGUGGGUGCGGGCAGUGGACGGCGAGUGGCAGAUAGUCGGGGAGCGCCGGGCCAGCACACCCAUCUCUAUCACAGCCCUCGAAACGGGCUUUGCGGUCACAGCCAUCUCGCGCACGCCGGGGGUCACCUACAGCGAGUCCUUUGACUUGCAGUGCAUCAUCAAGCCUCAUUACCCGGCCCGGGUCCCUGUGUCGGUGACGUGGCGCUUCCAGCCAGUGGGCACCGUUGAGUUCCAUGACCUGGUGACCUUCACCAGGGAUGGAGGAGUCCAGUGGGGGGACAGAUCCUCCACCUUCCGAACCCGAACAGCCAUCGAGAAGGCCGAGUCCAGCAACAACGUGCGCCUGAGCAUCAGCCGGGCCAGUGACACGGAGGCGGGCAAGUACCAGUGUGUGGCGGAGCUGUGGCGGAAGAACUACAACAACACGUGGACGCGGCUAGCGGAGAGGACCUCCAACCUGCUGGAGAUCAGGGUGCUGCAGCCAGUGACAAAGCUGCAGGUGAGCAAGUCCAAGCGUUCCCUCACCCUGGUGGAAAACAGGCCAAUUCAGCUCAGCUGCUCAGUCAAGUCACAGACCAGCCAGAACUCCCACUUCGCCGUGCUCUGGUAUGUGCACAAGCCCUCGGAUGCUGAUGGUAAACUCAUCCUCAAAACCACCCACAACUCUGCCUUCGAGUAUGGCACCUACGCCGAGGAGGAGGGCCUGCGUGGGCGGCUUCAGUUCGAGAGGCACGUGUACGGCGGCCUGUUCAGCCUCACUGUGCAGAGAGCUGAGGUCAGCGACAGUGGCAGCUACUACUGCCACGUGGAGGAGUGGCUGCUGAGUCCCAACUAUGCCUGGUACAAGCUUGCGGAGGAGGUUUCAGGGCGCACGGAAGUCACGGUGAAGCAGCCAGACAGCCGCCUGAAGCUCAGCCAAGCCCAGGGGAACCUGUCAGUGCUGGAGACCCAGCAGGUGCAGCUGGAGUGCACGGUCCUGAACCGCACCAGCCCGGCCUCCCAGCUCCUAGUGGAGUGGUUUGUUUGGAAGCCCAACCACCCAGAGCGGGAGACCGUGGCCCGCCUCAGCCGGGAAGCCACCUUCCACUAUGGAGAGCAGGCCGCCAAGAACAACCUGAAGGGGCGGUUGCACUUGGAAAGCCCGUCCCCCGGCGUGUACCGGCUCUUCAUCCAGAACGUGGCUGUGCAGGACAGCGGCACCUACAGCUGCCGCGUGGAGGAGUGGCUGCUCAGCCCCAGCGGCGUGUGGUACAAGCGUGCGGAGGACACUUCUGGACAGACAGCAGUCACAGUAAUGCGGCCAGAUGCCGCCCUGCAGGUGGACACAGUUGUCCCCAAUGCCACGGUGACCGAGAAGGCAGCUUUCCAGCUGGACUGCAGCAUUGUGUCUCGCUCGAGCCAGGACUCCCGCUUUGCUGUGGUCUGGUAUUCCCUGAGGACUAAAGCUGGAGGGAAAGGAGUCAGCCCUGGCCUGGAAGAAGAGGAAGAAGAGGGGGAGGAAGAGGAGGAAGACCCAACAGAUCGGACAGCCCUGCUGAGUGUGGGCCCAGAUGCCGUCUUUGGCCCAGAGGGCGGCCCCUGGGAAGGAAGGCUUCGCUUCCAGAGGGUCUCCCCACUGCUCUACCGGCUCACGGUGCUGCAGGCAAGCCCCCAGGACACCGGUAAUUACUCAUGUCGGGUGGAGGAGUGGCUGCCCAGCCCCCAGAAAGAGUGGUACCGGUUGACGGAGGAGGAGUCUGCCCCCAUCGGCAUCCGCGUCCUGGACACAAGUUCUACCCUCCAGUCCAUCAUCUGCUCCAAUGACGCCCUCUUCUACUUCAUCUUCUUCUACCCCUUCCCCAUCUUUGGCAUCCUCAUCAUCACCAUCCUGCUGGUGCGCUUCAAGAGCCGGAACUCCAGCAAGAACUCGGAAGGGAAGAACGGGGUGCCCCUGUUGUGGAUCAAGGAACCACACCUCAACUAUUCCCCCACCUGCCUGGAGCCCCCUGUGCUCAGUAUCCACCCGGGAGCCAUAGACUAAGGAGGAGGCCCCCCUUUGGACACCACCGUGGAGGGGUUGGGGCUGCCCCUCACUCCCUCUUUCUCUGUGAUCGAACAGUUGGCAGCACUCAAACUCUGGAGUGCCCACGCAGAAAAUGGUCAGACUUGACAAGUUUGAAAAGUUUCCGAUGAGUCACAGAGACGGGCUGCCUUCAGCUGGCGGUUGGUUGGUUCGCUGUUGCACACAGAUGUCGUGAUGCUGCCGUUAUAGGUUUCUUGUUUUGUUCUUGGUAAUGUAGUGAGUAGCUCCAGGUGCCUCGUCUACUCACAGAUUUAUAUAGUAUUCUCAGCUAGAUGUUACAGGGGUUCUUAUUCUUUGUAAUGUACUCUUUUUAAAGCCCAUGGGUUUACCCAUUUGGAUUUCGUAAUGUCGUGGACAAUCUCUUCACAAAUAACCAAUCACAAAAGGAAGGAGGAGCUUUAUGGUGGCCAGGAAUCGCUUCCAAGCUGUUUGGGUUUUGCACACUUGAAAAUGCCACCCACGUUUCAGAACACACCCAAACUUUUUUUUUUUACUUUUCAUAAUGAAACUUGAAAAUUAUGUGUAGUGUUGAACCCAGUUUGUAUUUUAUCUUUCCUCUCAGCCAGAGUUGUUGAAACCACUUUGUAGUCAAGAUGAAAGUGUCGAACUCUGCUUCAAAGAGCUGUGUGUGUACAAGGGACAUGCUGCGUAACCCCAGCAGGAGUGGACCCUGCCGGCCAGCCUGUCUGUCCAGGAGGCACAAAAGGCUUCAUCUCAACCUUGCCAAGAAAAAAAAAAUAAGAAAACUUUCUCAGAGAACAGGUCACAAGCUUCAGACAGCACACGCUUCGGAGCCGAAGUGGGCAGAGAGCUGUAUUCAGCAGCUG